UGGGGCGGUCCAGCGUGGAUUUGUGUGGGAAAAGGUGUCGUUUCGAUGCUGUUUGUUUACAGCUGAUUUUUAUCGGCUCGUACAGAUGUAUCAAGAUAUGGAUCUAACUGUAUCUUUACCGGUGAUGUUCCCCUGACGUCGAUCUUCGAGCUACCACUCCUCAGAAACGGGCCCUAACGUAUUGACCAUGGAGGUAAAUUUGAAUCGUGUCGACUACCUACAGGUCGGAGUUACUUCACAAAAGACUAUGAGGCUGUUACCUGCAUCAGGACGCCGAACUACCCAAAAGGUUGUUAUUGGCGAUCAAGAUGGAGUGGUUACUUGUUUUGGAAUUAAAAAGGGAGAGGCGGUUCCAGUGUUCAAGACCUUGCCAGGACAGAAAGUUUCCAGGUUGGAACUGGGAGGAGCUGUUGGUACUCCACAGGAGAAGAUCUUCAUAAGUGCUGGUUCAGAGGUGCGCGGGUUCACUAAAAAGGGAAAGCAGUUCUUGUCAUUUGAAAGUAACCUCAUGGAAAGUAUUCGAGCCCUGUAUGUGUCUGGUGCAAAUCUUUUCCUGUGUGCAAGUUAUAUAUAUAACCACUAUUGUGACUGUAAGGAUCAGGACUACUACCUAUCCAGUGACAAGAUCAAUGAUAUAAUCUGUUUGCCAGUGGAAAAAGUGGACAGUAUUACACCAAUACUGGCCUGCCAAGACCGGGUGCUUAGAGUGUUAAAGGGGUCUGAUUUAUUAUACAAGGUAGAAGUUCCUGGAAUACCUAAAGUACUGGCGUUACACAGUGGAAAUGGCGGUGACUCUGGAGAAGAGCUAAUAUAUGGAACUUCUGAUGGUAAAAUAGGAUUGGUACAGGUUACUAAGAGUUCUCCAAUACAUCGGUGGGAAAUCUCCAAUGAGAAGAAAAGAGGAGGUGCUCUGUGUGUUGACUACUAUGAUAUUCUGGGAGAUGGUGUCAGAGAGCUGCUUAUUGGCCGUGAUGAUGGAAUGGUGGAAGUCUAUGGGUUUGAUAACAAUAAUGAGCCUGUCCUUCGUUAUGAACAUGCUUUGUCUGAAAGCAUCACUUCAAUUCAAGGAGGAUGUGUUGGAAAAGAAGGAUUUGAUGAAGUGUUGACAGCUACGUACACAGGUUGGGUGACGGCUCUAACUACAGAGCCAGUUCAGAGAGAGCCAGGGCCUUGUGAUGAUGUGAAGAUAAGCCAGGAUAUUCAGAAUAAAAUCAUGAAUAUGAGGGUGGAGUUGGACCAGUUACAAUUAAAAGUGCUUCAAGAGCGUGAGAAGUACCACCAGUCAGCGCAUUCAAGUGGUGCAGUUUCAGCAGUGCCAGUGUUUAAUGUUAAUGACAAGUUUAUUCUGAACAGUGAUGAUGCGAGCUACAGCCUGACCCUCGAAGUGCAGACUGCUAUUGACAGUCUGCUGCUUCAGAGUGAUGUCCCAAUUGAUCUACUGGAUGUAGACAAAAAUUCAGCUGUGGUUAGCUUCAGUGGCUGUGAUGCAGAGCAGAAUGGUAAUUUUCUCCUGGCUACUUAUCGAUGCCAAGCAAAUACCACCAGGUUGGAACUAAAGAUCCGUUCAAUUGAAGGGCAGCAUGGAACAUUACAAGCUUACAUUACUCCACGGCUCCAGCCUAAAACAUGCCGGGUCCAUCAGUAUCAGAUCAAACCAUUAUCACUCCACCAGAGGACACAUAUUAUUGAUCAUAACAGACCAGUAAAUUCACUGACUCUGACAGGACAGUUCAGCUUUGCAGAAAUUCACUCCUGGGUCGUCUUCUGUGUGCCGGAAGUACCAGAUAAAGUUCCAGUGGGUGAUAGUGUUACAUUUUACUUCCAAAAUACAUUUCUGGACACACAGUUAGAAUGUACCUACAGAAAAGGUGAAGGAACUUUUAAAUCUGACAACAUCUCUACCAUUUCCAUUCUGAAGGAUGUACUAACCAAAGAAGCUACAAAAAGAAAAAUCAAUCUCAAUAUUUCAUAUGAUGUGAAUGAGGAAUCAGUAAACUAUACUUUAAAACUGAUCCAUCCCAAAUUGGAACAUCAGUUGUUGUUAGCCAAGAAAGUCCAGCUGAUUGAUGCUUUGAAGGAACUACAAGUUUAUGAAGGAAAUGUGGAUUUCCUAAUACCUGAAUAUCGGUCAAUUUUGGAGGAAGCUGAUAAUCUGCUCGAGGAAUUCAAGAAGCAGCCUGCUCACUUGGAGAGAUUGUAUGGCAUGAUAACUGACCUCUUUAUAGAUAAAUUCAAAUUCAAAGGCACAAAUGUGAAAACCAAAGUUCCACUUCUUCUGGAAAUUUUGGAUAAUUAUGACCCUAACAGUCUUGCAGCAUUCUUUGAUUCAGCAUAGAGGAACUAUGCAAAGCAUGAUGAAAAACAUGCAUAAAGUUCCUGAUGAAAGAGCUGUGAAUGGAACAUGUUGUCUAUUAGUGGUACAAGUAUUCAACCUAACUGAUUGAUGGGCAGAAUGUACAAGAACUAAUCAGCUUACUGUGGAGAUAUUUGGGGGAUGCAUUUCUGUCAAGUAUUCGCUGUUGCUUGGGCAGAUGAUAACAUGGAAAUCAAAAGUAUAUAUAGUUUGUAUGCUGCAUUCCUGCAUUUCCAUAGAUUGCUUAUAUUUUUGUUAAGAGAUAGCCACUAUGGAAAUCUGUCUCUCCCUUGAGCUUGCAUUAUUUUUCUUGAAAAUGAUAGUCAAAUAUUUACAAAAGGCAAUUCUUACAGAGUUUGAGAGUUGAUUAAAACUUUUGUGAAAUACCUAUCACCAACCAGUUUCCGUUGGCUGAUAUAGACAAUGUAUUUCUGGCAGUGGUUCAUUCUACUUUGGGGAAAAAAUGACAACACAACUCAAGAUAUCUAUACUGAAAUGUUCUUUAGAAGAAUUCAGCAAGAAUAAGCGCAAGAUUCACUUUGAUUUAGUUGUAUUUUUUCUCAUGUUUAUUUUGAUAAUAUAUAUUUACAACAGAUAUUAAAUGUAUACUUUUUCAUGCCUUUUUACUAAAAUAUAGUAAUAAUAAGUACAGUUUGAUUUUACCAUUGUUCCUCUGAGACAACAUAAUUGUUUAUAAUUAUCACUCUAAAUCUAAAAGACCUCUUUUAGGGCAAUGUCCAUAUAUGACUUUAAAAUAUAUUUGCUGUUUGUGAGAGCUAAUAUGUAUAUUGCUUUGAGUCAUACUAAGUCUUUGGGCAAGGUAUGUAGAUAUGGGAUUACUCAGUAAUUUUAUGUAUAUAUCAGUCUUGUAAUCAAUUAUAUAUGAGUAUGCAGAAUAGUGUAAUUCCCUUUAUAUAGUAACAAAUAAAUAUUGAAAUUACUUUUAUUGUUAUCUGGCAUACUGUUCAUUAAAACUUCUAAUUUAUCAGCACUGAAAUGUUAAUAGAUAACUCCAUUUACUAAAGGAAGUGCAACGACGAUUCUUGUUUUUCUAGCGUAAAUGCUGGAUUGCAUUACAUGUAUAUUUUUGCUGAACUAAUUUCAGUAAAUGUAUCCAUUAAUUCAGUAAUUAUGUUAUAUGAAAGAUUGUAUCAAUAUUAAAUUGGAAUACAUUUAC